GUGCCUUUAUAGCAAAAAGGGAUUGGCGAGCAGUAGAGAGUGAUGGUGCUCAGUUUUGAAGCUCAAAAGGGAAAAUGGAUGCAGAUCACCACAAGACAUGGACUGGAAAAAGCCACACGUUAUUGAACUCCAUUGGUUUUCCAUUCAAACUUGUUCACUCUUUUCUUGGCUGCCUAACCAUGCACCUAUAUAGUCUCAUCUGUUUUCCAGGAAACUGAACGAGUGAACAACUCCCAUGUGGAUGUGUUUGCAACCAAAAUUAUGAAGAGAAACGACUACUUCACAGUAGCAAAUUAUGAGACCGUCGCAGUCGUCUCUUCACAAACAUGUUCAACUCCCGUGAGGAGGAAGAAGAAGAGCAAUAGCAUGAACAAAAGAAGGUUUAGCGAUGUACAAAUCAGGUCGUUGGAGUCCAUAUUUUAUUCAUCUGAUUCAAAGCUCGAUCCGAGAAAGAAGGUGCAGUUGGCAACUGAGUUGGGACUGCAGCCUCGCCAGGUUGCAAUAUGGUUUCAGAAUAGAAGAGCGAGAUGGAAAUCAAAGCAGAUGGAGAAUGAUUUUAGGAGUCUCAGAGCUAAUUAUGAUAAUCUGGCAUCUCAGUUCAAAUCCUUACAAGAAGAGAGGAACUCCUUGCUCUCACAGUUGCAGAAGCUAAGUGAGCUUGUUCAAGGAAGGCCUUGCGAGGGCUAUAAUAAUUAUAGGAUAGAUAAAAAGAGGUUAGAGAAUGGGGGACAUGAUCAAGGGCUUCCAGUGACGCAUCUACUGAAAGACGGAAGCAACGACACGGGCCACACCAAGGAGAAAUCAUGCCACCUUCUUAACCCAAAUGGAUCAUAUGAAACAUCUGAUAAAUGGUGCGGUUUCGACUCAGACGGUGGUGUCGUCUUUGAAUAUCAGCCCUGUAGCAGCUUGCAGUGGCCAAAUUUCUGUGGAUGACAACGAUUUCUUGCUUGAAUAAUUCAAAUUUGACUCAAUUUUGGCAUCAUCUACGUCAGCUCAUCAUUUUAUUAGCCAAACUACUUGACAUAAAAAAUAUCCAAUUAUACUCGGUUAAUACCAACUAAUCCGAAGAACUGUAAUCCGCUAACUGCUUUGUAAUCUUAUAACCAAAAAGAAGAGAAAAAUGCUCUGUAAUCAUUUACCAAGUAAAUAAAAGCCAAGUUCCGAUGGUCACUACACUUUA